UCUUUGUUUUCCUGCUCCUCUUUAGUGUUUCAGUUUUGUCUGGAGGAGGCUUUGAUGUGGGACAACCAUCUUGAGGUUUUGUUUGGAUUUUGUUGGAUCUGAUGCGGUUUGUGAGCUUGGACUUUGCUGUUGAGGCUUUGCUUCUUGUUCGGUGUCGUUUGUGUGCUGGAUUGUUUGCUUCUUUGGGGAGCUAGGGUUUUGGUGGCAGUUCUUGUUAAGCAAUUUGUUACAGGGUUAUUGGAUUGGUCUUGAUUUGUGUCUUAAGUCCUUUGAAGUUUGAAUGAGCUGAUAAGUGAUGAGGAGCUUGUUUCUGAGUAUAUUGGGAUGCCGAGAUGAUUGUAUGGGAGUUGAAAAAUGUUGUGUGGAGUUUUUGAGGUAGAUGUCAAAAAAUCAAGAAGCUGUUAUUCUCUUAGUGAUCAAUGUUCUUGCCUUUAUCUGGGGAUGGAAUGUGAAUUUCGGCACAGUGAUGUUGCCAGGCUUAACCCUAGGGGUUGCAGGUAUUGGUUGAGCGGAAACUGCUUAAAUCUGAAAUGUCCCUUUCGACAUCCGCCCCUGCUAGAUGGGCCUCCUUCCCCAGUGCCGCAAGUUGCAGCUCCUGUCCAAGCGCUAGCAUUGCAAACUUCUGCUUAUAAUUCAAAUAAGCAGAGUGUUCCUUGUUAUUAUUUUCAAAAGGGGCACUGCCUAAAAGCGGAUAGGUGCCCUUUUAUGCAUUGGGCACAACCAACUGGCAAUCCACCUUCACAACUGUCAACAAAAGCUUCUACAACUUCUACUGAUUCUUCACAAAAAAUCAAGGAUUCGUGGGCUGUCAAGGAGUGUACAUCUCAGAGUAACACCUCCAAAAUAAAUGUUGAUAGACCAGUUGAAUUGUCAUCUUCAUCAGCAAAUCUGGUGUUAAAGCCAGAAGCUACUGCUAAUGGUCAAGCCAUGGCCAGAAACUUUCCGCACCACCCAUCAGCAGAUAUUAUUCCUAGACCACAGGUGACCAAGUUUCCCAAUCGUCAACCAGAGAAUGUGCAUCCUAGAUCGCGAGUUAGUAAAUUUACCAUUCAUCCAUCAGAUAAUGUGCAUCCUACAGCCCAGCCAACCAAGGUUCUUGUAGGAAGCAGUGUUGAUAGAAGCAGGCCCAGAAAUUUUCAUUCUCACCCUGCAACUGAGCAGCUAAAGAAGAGUGGAGAAAGUACUCAGUUCUUGGAGAAGUCUUCUCCUGCUUUUAAUUUCCUUGGAGAAAAUAAUGCUGAAGAUUCUGGUCAUUUUGACAAUAAUGAUGAUCAUGUGAGGAAAUUGGUUCAAGGCAGAAGGAAACUGGAUCAUGUAGAUGGUUUCAGUUACCAGCAUCGAGAUCAUAAGCCUGCAAUGGAAUUUGAUGGAGAUCAGCUGAAGAGGAUGCGGGAGUAUACUCAACAUGAACGGCAAUCUGAUACCUGUGGUCGGGACCAACAAAAUUCUUCUGAGAGGAUUGUGGAUCAAACAUAUACUAAUGAUAGAAGAGUGUUGCAGAGGAAGGAUGGAGCUGAAGAGAUGGAUAGUUCUGAUUUGAGGCACCGGUUACUAAAGCAAAGAAAACUUAACAGUUCAAGAACAGCUGUUUGUGCCGACUAUCGUGGUGAACCCCAUCAGAGAAAUGAUCAUUAUGCUGAGGAAGGAUAUCGCCAACAUAACUUACAAGGGGAUCUUCCAGAUUAUCAUCUUCAAAGCUCUAUUAGCAAUCGUUUGCGAGGGAGAAUAACAAAUCCAAUGAGAUCAUCACCAGACAGAUCUAUUGAUGUGAGGCCUGAGAGGGAAAGAGAAAGAAGACAACUCCAAAGCAGAUUGUCUCCGGUCAGGCCAUUAAGUCAUCAAGGGAGGCACCAUGACGGAACAAAACGAAAGCUAGAUGAGAUCUCGGCUUUAGAUGGCAGGAGCUUUGGUGACAAAUCAGUGAGGAUAGAAGCUGCAGAUCCAUUAGACUUUGCUGGUCCUAAAAGUCUGGCUGAACUGAAAGGUGCAAAGGUUUCUGAAGGUGCCCAAGGACGGCAACCACUCAAGAGGACCAAUGCUUCUGCCUCUCGUGAGCAUAAAGACAGGAAUUUAGAGAAGCUUGCCGGCCAUCAAGAACCAGAAGCUUCUCUCUCAUUCGAAGGUCCAAAGCCUCUGAGUACCAUUCUAAAGAGGAAAAGAGAAACUGCAUCUGAAAAUGGGGCAAGCUCCAGCAGCAGAGAUGAACACAAUCAGAGUGAUCAAGAAGUUUUGAAUGGUAAUUCUGUGACAAUGGUGAUACCUAAUAUGCAAUCUGAUCCUGUGCACAAUUCUGGAGAACAUGGUGGUAAAAUGGUGGACAGUGAUUACGAAGAAGAGGAAGAAGAUGAGGUAGGUCAGAUUUGCGCAGACAGUGGGGAGUUAAUUGAUGGCCAAUAUUCAGCUAAAGAAAUGCCUGAAAGUCUUGGUGUGAUGGGGGAAAACAUUGAAGAACAAUCACAGGAGAACUCCGAUCACGGGGAGUCAAUCAAGGCUGCGGGCUUCAAAACUGAAGAUGACGAGGAUGACACUUAUCAGGAUGCAGAUGAUGUGGAGGACAUGGAUGAUGAAGAUGACUUUGCGCGGAAAGUUGGUCUAAUGUUCUCUUAAAUGUAUUAUUAUGAUUUUUUUUCUGCUGUGGCUCAUAAUUUGCAGUAUCUGCCAUUGCAUGAUUCCCAGAAGAAACAAUGCAAAAGCCUUUGUCUAUUUUCUAGGCUGAUUGUGUGAAGCAAAGAACUUGCAAGGAAUGAUGGGAACUAGGAAGUUUGAAUAUUGUAUCAAUUUUGUAUGACUGAUUGUUGGAUCUUUUUUAUGCCCCAAAUGCAUAAGUUUAUGAAGUGCCCUCUCUUGAGGUUUGUCCUUA